CUCUUUCCUAUUCCGUAUGUUCUUGCUCCUUGUGUUUGCAUCUCUCUCGGUGGAUUCGUUCACGUCCGGCGGAGGAACUCUCUCCCGUGGAAGCCCUCUAGCCCUGCAUGGCCCCACAAAGGAGUACAGGCCUAGCAGAGGAGCUCAAGCCCAACCAUCCCUGCGGCUCGGGACAGCGGAAGGCGGCAGAUCUAGGUAGUGUCGGCCUCGCGUAGGCUUCAAGCGGCGUCGAUUAUCGAAAUUGAUGCUUGAGCGAUGUCAAAUGGAGCUCGAGCCCUUCGACCUCGGCAGCCACUCCCAGCACCCUCUGCAUGGUAUGCCUUCUCCUUGCUCCUCAAUUCGAUUUGCGUCGGACCGGAUUUGCCGCUCGAUUUGUCAGCAACAAAUCGAGCUCGAGCUCGAGUUGCCGUUUCCUAGCAUGGUACGGCGGGCGGUGCUGCUGCGUGUGUAGGAGUUGUGGCGGAGGAGCGAUGCCGCCACCGAAGGGGCCAGGGCGGCGCACGAGAACGGCGCGCGUGGAAGGGACAUACGUGCGCGAUAGGUGAAACCGAAGAACCGGUCAAGUAGACACAUCCGCACAUCUGCAGACACCCGCAAGAGAAGGGGUUUGGAAGGAAAAAGUAGGAGGCCUCCCUGGAGUGAGAGACCCUGCUGGAGUUGGAUUUUUGGCUGUCGGUCCCUAUUUUUUAGCAGGGGCUCGGAUCUCACCCAACCCCCAGUGACAUCGUGGGACCAGGUUGCCAGGGUCCGCGGCGCGUCGUCUCGUAGACCGUAAGGACGCGUGUCGAGGUUUCAUUGGACGGAGGACGCCUUCUUAUACUGACCUUGCGCCUCCGUGGUGAGAGCAGGAAACAGAAAGCUGAAAGCGAGAAGCAUCCCCCCACCCCCCCACCCCCCAAAAGGGGAAACCAGCAGCAGCAGCGCGGAGGUUCAUCCGCCUCGCCUCGCAAGCAGCGGCUGAUCCACGAGCAAGGGGGUUAAGCUCCCUCGAAUCUCCAGUCAUGAAGUUGCGCUCGGAUUCCUCGGGCGGGGGCGACGACCACUGGACCACGGCCGCCGCCGCCGCCGCCACGGGGGGUGGCGGCUCAGGCGAGCCGAGUAAGAAGCAGCGGACGGAGGAGCCGCCCUCCAGCUCCAGCGGGGCGGGGGAGUGCUCGUCCUCGUCCGCGUCCGUGCAGGCUCCACCGCCGCCGACGCAGCGGGAGCCCUCGGCGCAGGAUGCAAGAGAGGGCGAGCAGCCGCCGCCGGGUGCUGAUGCAGAAGUAGGGGGCGAGCAGGAGAGGGUGCCGGAUCUCGGGGAGGACCUGGUGUUCGAGGUGCUGAUGCGAGCGGAGGCGCGGACGCUGGCGACCGCGGCAUGCGUGAACCGGGGCUGGCGGCAGCUGGCGCGGGACGAGCGCCUGUGGGAGGCGGCGUGCGUGCGGGAGUGUUCAAACCUCGGAUUCUCCGAGCAGAUGCUUCGCAUGGUCGUGCUCUCGUUCGGUGGCUUUCGCCGCCUGUACGAGCUCUACAUCCGUCCGGUCCAGCGGCGUGCUGCAGGCGCGCCGCCCGGGCAACGGAGGGGUCAGGUGCCGGUGAGGUUGGGCCCGGAUCAGGUCCAAGUCUCACUGUCUAUGCUCUCCACAUCAUUCUUUUUGAAGAUGCCGAAUGCCCCCCCUCCACCUAAGAAGGACAAGGAUAACGAUAGAGAUAAGAAUGGAGGUGGACAGUGUGGGUGAUGAAGCUUGCAAAAAUAGCGAGCCUACCUUCCAAGCAUCAUCAUCACAAGCUGCAAAUGCAGUAUUAGGUGGCCAGAUCAUGGAUCCUUACUGCAUUUGUGGGAAUUAGAAUGCGAUAGUAUUGUUUGAUCAGUGGAUGGAAAGGACUGUGGAUCCUGUACUGAUGGGGAGGCAGAUAAGCUGAGUAAGAUGGGAUUGAAGGGGUUGCAGUAGUUUCUUGAAUAGCUGCCAAAUCUAUGUGAUGUACCUGCUAAAUUACGCACCAUUAGCUGAUGUGUAAAGUUUCCUUCAAAUAUAUGUGCCAAGAGAGCAGCAUGCAUUGUCCUCGUUGUGCUGUUGUGCUAUGUACUUGUCGAAUUCCCAUGGGUCAGAGACUCACUUUGCCUGUAAAGAACUUUCUCACUCAUGGAAAGGGAAAGGUUUAUAUGUUUAAGCAUAAUAACUUAAUAAUUUGAGGAAUAGCUGAGGUGUUGAUUUCUGCUACUAAAGUUCAGUUUAGUACUGUUUUUAUGCUACUGUUUGGUUUAUUAAGCAAACAUGAUGCUUGCUGUAUACUGAUUUACAAUGUUUCUUCAGAGGAGUUAUGUAUGAUACAGUUGUAUGUGGACUCAUGUAGUUCAUUUCUUAUGGAU